AUGGACCUUGACCUCAUCAUCAAAAAUGCUACAAUCGUCACAGCCACAGAGAUCCUCCAACCAGGUCUCAGCAUCGGAAUCAAAUCCGGCCAAAUCGUCGCUAUUGCCUUUUCUCUUCCAGCCAAUGCAGACACUCAAAUCAUCGACGCAGAAGGCGCGUACGUGACCCCUGGUGGAGUCGACUCCCAUGUGCAUCUCCACCAAGACAAUGCUCCCACAGGCGACAAAUGGCUCUCGGGAUCCCGCUCGGCGCUCUGUGGUGGCAAUACCACGAUUCUGGCCUUUGCAACGCAAAAGCGAACCGAUGAGAGUUUGUUUCCCGUGCUGGAGGAGUAUCAUUCCCGCGCAAGGGGCCAGAGUUACGUGGACUAUGGAUUUCAUCUGAUCCUCACGAGGCCGAGUCCGGAAAUCUUGGGUCGGGCAGUCAAGGCAAAGGUCGACGGUGAGUCUGAUCCCGGAAACGAAGGAGAGUUGAAGAGGAUGGUCGAGGAGGAAGGCAUCACGAGCGUCAAGCUGUACAUGACAUACCCAGCCUUCAGACUCGGGGACAAAGAGAUGCUAGAGGUAAUGAUGAGGUGCAGAGAGGUGGGCAUGACGGUCAUGGUGCAUGCUGAGAAUGCAGAUAUGAUUGAUAUGAUAACGUCUCGUCUCCUACAAAACUCUAAUACUCUCCCGAAAUACCACGCCCUCGCACGCCCUCAGAUCGCCGAGUCUGAAGCCACACAUCGAGCCAUCUCGCUUUCUACCCUCACAUCCACGCCAAUCCUCAUCGUCCACAUGUCGAGCCCCGUCGCCCUUUCCCAUGCAAGGAAAGCACAAUCCAAGUCCAUGCUGCCGAUCCACGCCGAGACGUGUCCACAUUAUAUGUAUUUGUUAUCGGACAGGCUGGCCGUGACCCGCUUCCCAGUCAUCGACGAAGCCAAUGGUGUUAGUCAUAGUCAUGAUGAACAUGAACAUGGGGAUGGAGGUCAGGAUGAAGAUGAUGAAUGGGCAGGCGCACGGCAUGUCUGCGCCCCUCCUCUCCGCCACGCCGACUCGGAUUUGCAGAGCGUCUGGGACAGCGUGAACAACGGGACCAUCACGGUGAUAUCCUCCGACCACGCUCCCACGCUGUAUGACGACCAGCAAGGGAAACGGAAGCCACUGGUCGAAGCACAAAAGACCAACUCAACACCGACUUUCGCCCAGAUCCCCAACGGCCUUCCGGGGAUCGAAACACGACUGCCCAUUCUGUUUUCCGCCGCGACCGACCCGGACCCGUCACUCUCCCCCGCGAGGAGACUGACACUGCCCAAAUUUGUGGAACUGACCUCGACGAACCCUGCCAAAAUGUACGGCCUCGCGGGCAAAAAGGGCAGUAUCGCCCCAGGAUACGACGCCGAUUUGGUCAUUUGGUACCCCCCACCACACUCACGCCUCUCAUCAGGCGAUGAGAACAUCAAAAUCACAAAUGACAUGUUGCACCACAGUAUCGAUUACACCCCCUUUGAAGGCUUCCGGGUCUGCAAUUGGCCCCGCUACGUCCUUUUGAGGGGGCAACUUAAAUGGAAUCGUGAUCUCGAAGUCAGUCGCGGUCCGGGCGCGGGCAUCUUGGGAAAACCUGGCGACGGCAAGUUCUUGAAGAGAGGACGGGGAGAGGUGCUCGUGGGAAGGAGUGGGUUGGGCAGAGAGCCUGAAGGGAUGAGGGUUGGGGAGAGGAGUGCUUGGAUGUAG